AUGGGAAACACAGAAUCUCUCCCCCUUUCCGCAACAGAGCUGGCCAUAAUGGAAGAAUGCACCUUCUUCACCCGCCACGAAAUCCUCCAAGUAUACUCGAAAUUCAUGUCCCUCGUCGUCGCUGCUCGUCGACAUGGUGCAAACACAUCAACUACACCCAUGUCACCAAACAGUGCUGAAGAAGACGUGAGAAGUGGCAAGAAACGUCGUAAAUCGUUAUCCAAAGUCGAGUUUGCUGAAACCGAGGAAUUACGAAGCAAUCCAUUUCGAGAGAGGAUUGCGGAUGUGUUUAGUGCUGAUGGAUGUCAGGUUAAUUUUGAUGAUUAUUUGGAUUUUGCUAGUGUGUUCUCUGAAGAGGCUGGUCACGACGUCAAAUCCUUUUACGCAUUCCGAAUCUAUGACUCUACAUUAUCUCCUAUACGCACGAGCUACAUGUUGACCAUUAUACUCAACCACGUAGAUCACAACAACGACGGCUACCUAGACGAAACCGACAUUCGAUCAACGCUCGAAAAGAUUGUAGGAUCUGGAUUAUCAGAAGAGGAUAAAGUUACGGUGACCCAAAAGGUCAUUGAAGAAUCAGACAUGGAUGGAGACGGUCGCAUCUCAUUCGUGGAGUUUGAGCAUAUCUUGCAACGAUCUCCGGAAUUCAUAGAAAACUUUAGGAUUCGAGUGAUAUGA